CAUAAUUGCAACUGUGUGUGCCGGGCAUACAGCUUGACGUCCAUAUUCGUGUGGCUGGCAUAUUUCGAGCGCCUGGCUGUUGCAGUGCGCGCACACGUUAUACACCCGCGCUGCCGCCACAUUACCGUUAACAUCAUCGGCGUUUAUUUGCCAACCAGAACCGCCGCACACCAUUCCCUCCAAAAGUUAGUAUGUCGGUCGGCGACAGCGCUCCUUCAAUUCCAGCAGCACUUUGAGAUGGAUCCAAAGAGCUUAGCUAAAUCCUGUGCCAUGAAGGAGAAGAGUAAAAAUGCCGCUCGCACUAGACGUGAAAAGGAAAAUGCGGAAUUCUUCGAACUGGCCAAAUUACUACCACUACCAAGUGCAAUUACAUCACAGUUGGACAAGGCGUCCAUCAUAAGAUUAACAACAUCGUAUCUGAAAAUGCGUCAAGUCUUUCCCGAUGGUCUGGGCGAGGCGUGGGGCACUUCACCGGCAAUGCAACGCGGCGCUAUCAAAGAGCUUGGCUCACAUUUGCUGCAAACAUUGGACGGUUUCAUAUUUGUUGUGGCACCGGAUGGCAAAAUUAUGUACAUCUCCGAAACGGCAUCCGUACAGCUGGGACUCAGUCAGGUUGAACUCACCGGCAAUUCCAUAUUUGAAUAUAUACACAACCACGAUCACGAUGAGAUGAACGCUAUACUCUCACUGCAUCCUUAUAUGUACCAAAAUCCGGAUGCAUUUAUUAAUUCAUUACAUCUACCACAGAGCGGCAAUCCACCCACCGGCCAUGCGAACGUCAUCGGCAGUCCGAAUGGCAGCUAUGGCAAUGAUCGUGGUUCGCAUACGAUCGAAUUGCAAAAAUCCUUCUUCCUGCGCAUGAAGUGUGUGCUGGCGAAACGGAACGCUGGACUCACCACAUCUGGUUAUAAGGUUAUUCACUGCUCUGGCUACUUGAAAGCGCGCAUAUUUCCUGACUAUGGCGACGGUCAUGGCGGUUACAUACAAAAUUUGGGCCUUGUAGCUGUCGGUCACUCUCUGCCUUCGUCUGCGAUAACGGAAAUUAAAUUACACACAAACAUGUUUAUGUUUCGGGCGUGUAUGGAUCUGAAAUUAAUAUUUUUAGAUGCGAGGGUAUCCCAACUCACCGGCUAUGAACCGCAAGACCUCAUAGAGAAAACCCUCUAUCAGUACAUACACGUUGCGGACAUUGGAGCCAUGAGCUGCGCCCACCAAACACUGGUAUACAAAGGACAAGUCACCACCAAAUACUAUCGCUUCCUGACGAAGGGCGGCGGCUGGGUCUGGGUGCAGUCGUACGCGACCGUCGUGCACAACACACGCUCCUCGCGCACUCACUGCAUCGUCAGCGUAAAUUAUGUCCUUAGUGAACAAGAGGCCAAAGACUUGAUUCUCAAUGAAAUACAAACGGGUGUGGUUAAGAGCGAGCCAAUCACCGCUUCGGCUGCGUUGACGCCAUCUUUGCAUGCGGCACACGCAGCUGCCGUCGCCACACACCCGGCGCUAAGCAAUGGCAUUGCCGUUGGCAGUACGGCGAGUUGCGCGGCGCUCAGCGUGAGUCCCAAACUGGACGCGUGUUUUGAGAGUGCUGGCGUACAUCUACCACCAAACGUGCUUACACCGGUGUUGACUGGCGGCAGCAGCAGCAGUGGUGGCGGCGGCGCCGGCAACGGCGUAGCGCAUAACAAUAACAACAAUAAUGCCUAUAUGACGGGACAUAUAAUGCACACGCAACUGCCGCAUCAUCAGCACGCGCAUCUGCAUGCACAUCCGAAUGCGCAUGUGCACACACAGCACGCGCAUCAUCUGCAUCACGUGCAUCCGCAUGCGCAUGCUCACGAAGUGCCGCUACCACCGCAAACACAACACGAAAACCUCAACUAUACAACGCUCUUCCCGCCGAUCAACGAUCUCGUGGUCACUUCAUCGACGCUCGGUCACGAAAUGCAAUACCCGGACACAACCACCGGCCCCGGCUACUACGGCGGCAGUGUCGGCACGAACAAUAGCAAUAACAACUCGGGCAGUGAACACUACUACUAUGAGGCGACGCCAUCAGCCACGUCACUCAAUCGACCGUACUCGGCGAAUUCCAAUAGCUGUUCCAGCAGCGCGGAAAGCGAGCGCCAAAUGUCCACCGGAAAUGCAUCGAUAAUAACGGGUAAUUCGCCGCAGACGACGUACAGCGAGUUGAGUCACACAUUUGAAUUGCAUUACUUGUCGGAUAGCAGUUCGCAUCAACAGGCCGCUAUGGCGGGACCACCGACUACACAACAACAACAGCAGCAACCACAACAACAUCACCUACAAUCUAUGGAACAUCAUCAACACGCGCAUCAUCACCAAACACAUCAGCUGCAGCAACAAAACUUGGCGUCCAGUCACAUUGCCACGCUGCAACAGCCAGCGACGCCACAGUCUCAGUCACAACAACAACAACAAAUGGAGCACCAGCAAAUGCAUCAGCAUCAUCAAACAACGCUGGUUGCACAUCAACUACAACAACACGAGCAUGAACAACUACAACAGCAGCAGCAACAACAACAACAGCAUGAGCAUAUUGCGCGCUCAUUCGCCGUGGCCGUGGAGAAGGGCGUCAGCGUGCCGCCACAAUACACCAGCGUCAUUGUUGACCCCCAUCAUCAUUAUAUACCCAACGAUUUUGUACAUUAGCAUUUGCUAGCUGGUACGAUCCACAGGAUCGGUAGCAGUCAAGCACGUAUUGUGCUCUUAUUGGGGGCGCCUUGGGUGUCGUCAUGUUGCUAUGACCUUAUAACGGGUCGCAGCGCAAUGUUGUUGUUAAUUUUAAUAGUUCUAAUUACUGCUAAUUAAAUUGGACUGAGUCACAAAAAUACAUAUAUGUAUAUACAUACAUAACUAUAUAUAAUUUUCGAUUUAAUUUUAUUGCCAAUUUUAUUUAGUCGAAUAUGGUCUGCAAUAGCUGUGGAAAAGGCCGCAUAUGCAGUUUUACACCAGAAGAGCUAUGAGAACCCAGCAGGCAUUUUAAUGCGAAUAAAUUGCCAAAAUUGUUUUAUUUAAGGCAAGUUUAAUCAAAUUAAUUAAAUUUUUUUUUCCAAAAAGUUAGU